AUGUCUAUACCACGCACCAAAUCAGCGUGGCUGUUCUUUUCCAUUACGAGCGGAGCAUGCGCAGCAUUCAACGGCGUCUUCGCGAAGCUCACAACAACGGAGCUCACAGGCGCAUGGUCGAGCUCUCUCGCUACCGCGUUCGGGCUUGAUCCCUCAAACAAGUUCUUCGAAUAUGCUCUACGCGCUGCCUUCUUCGGUAUGAAUCUCCUCUUCAACGCCAUAAUGUGGGGGCUCUUCACGCGCGCCCUCACCCUCGCAUCCUCGACCGUCCGCGUCUCCGUCAUCAACACGUCUGCGAAUUUCAUGAUCACCGCGGUCCUCUCCGCGCUCAUCUUCUCCGAGACGCUGCCGGGGCUGUGGUGGCUCGGCGCCGCGAUGCUGGUAGCCGGCAGCGUCAUCAUCGGCAUGAGGGAGGAGGGCGAGAAGAAGGAGAUCGUCACCGGGACGGGCGAAGCGCCGCUGCUAAACAGGGAUGGCGAGGCGAGUGCAGACUUUAGAGAUAGUGAAGACGAUGCACAGUCGAGGCAUGAGCUUGAUAGUGUUAGACGCAGAAGCAGUAGCAGCGAGCGCGCGCAGAGCAGUGAUGAGGAUGGGACGCUGAGGUAA